AUGAGCACCUACCUUGUUACGCAAGCUACUGGCCGACAGAGCCAAUGGAUCAUUAGACACUUACUUGCGGCAGGUGCCAAUGUCCAUGCUGUGGUUCGAAACCCCGAAAAGCUUCCAGCGAUCUUGAACGAGGCUAACGUCACGGUGUUCAAAGGAGAAAGCACCGAUUCCGAAGCCGUUUUCAAGGCUGCGCAAGGUUGCAAGGGCGCUUUCCUGAAUACGUUCCCUUAUCCUCCAGGGAUUGAGGCGCAACAAGCUACAACUGUUGUCGAAGCGUGCAAGAAGGCAGGCGUGGAAACCAUUGUCGCAUCGACAACUUUCAAUACUGGGGACAAGGACCUGUGGGACAACACUAAAGAGAUUGGCUUGCACGGUUAUUACCAAUCUAAAGCCUUAGUUGAGGACAUUCUCCGCGGGGCUGGAUUUCAGGGCUUGUACAUGAACUAUCCUACGCUUCCAGUUGAUGGGAUAUUCCUUCAUUCGCUGAAUGAUGGAGUUCCGAUAGCUCACACGGAUGCAUGUGAUAUCGGGAAGUACGCAGCAGCGGCGUUACAGGAUGCUGAAAAAUUUGGUGGGGAGGAGAUUGACCUCGCCAACGAAUUCUUGACCCCUUUGGAGGUGGGAGAGAUUUUGAAGAAAGUUAGCGGUAAGGAUAUCCAAGCGAGGAAGCGGACCGAGAUAGAAAUGGAAGAGGCGAAUAACGCUGUUGGCUUGCACAAGUUUCAUGCUUGGAUCAACACUCGAGACCUCAAGCAUGGUCCAGAGCGCACAAAAGCAGUCCAGGCUAAAUUCGGCAUCCCCUUCAACUCUCUGGAGUCAGCUUUGCAGAGGGAGAAGGUUGCCCUGCUGGAGUGUUUGGCCAACGUGAAGCAGGCUUGA